AUGUCUUUGUUCAUGCAAACACUCCCCAUCUUCAUCCCUAUUUCAUACUUUGCAUUAUCUGUUGGCGCCUUUUUCAUCGCAACUACUGUUCAAUCAAGAUACCUCCUACCAUUCAUUCUACUCCCCUCCUAUCUCUCAUUCAGAACAGCAGACCACUGGCCCGGCGAUGUGAGCAGUCUCUGGGGCCUUCUCAUCUGUAUCUGGGUCGCACAUUCGACCUCAUUCCUCUGGCUUGAAGACCCGGAAGUAUGGGAGGAAACGAAACGCACCCACCACGGCAGAAUAGCCAAAUACAUUCCAGUCAAGUACCAUCGAGCAUUGAAGCAGUGGAAUAACCCACGUCUACUCGGGACAACCCGACAGUCGAUUCCUGCAUAUGAGUACUCGCCAUCAAUACGCAGAUUCACCAUAACCCGCACUGCAAAACUACUUGCAUACUGCACCGCAUAUACCUGGGGGAAGACACACAUAUUCCCAGCCUGGUUCAUGCCCAUCCAGUUCUCCGAAUUUGACCCCUCCCACCAAGUCUACUUCAGACGACUCCUCUCCUCAUCGACGCCCAUUACCCCCCGCGAAACCCAAAUGCGAGCCGUCUUCGUGCUGUGGUGGGCCUUCGCCGCAGUAUCCAUGCUAGACGCCGCGCACGCUGCCCUCUCUCUCAUCGCCGUGCCACUCCUCCGUCUGGACACUCCAUCCGAAUGGCCACCGAUUUUCGGCCUCCCAAGCAACGCGUGGAGUAUGCGUCGUUUCUGGGGCCGAUUCUGGCAUCAGAUUGUUGUGCGUCCGUAUAAGAAUCACGCUAAAUGGCUGUCUCGGAGAAUUAUUGGUCUGCGCUCUGGAUCAGGGGUGGAUAAGGUAGUGGUUAUAUUUUUGAUAUUCCUGUUUUCGGGGGUUGCGCAUGCGGGUGUGGCGUGGCAGUUGGGGGAUCAUUGUGGGUGGGGAGGGGAUGUGUGGUGGUUUUGUAUGAAUUUUGUGGCUGGGGCUGUUGAGGUUGUCAUUCUAAAGAUGGUGAAUAUUGUUAUGCAGAGGUGUGGACAGAAGGCAAGAUGGGAGAGACUGAGAGGAGGGCUUUUGGGAAGAGCGUUUGGAUAUAUGUGGGUGUUUGGAUUCUUGUUUUGGAGUGUGCCCAAGUGGCAGUAUGCAAAGGUGUAUUGUCAUCUGCAGGAUGUGCUGGAGAUGGAAUGA